UGGCCUUUUGGGAGGGCGUGGCCAUCAGCGUCACGUGACGCACCGGUGUUACGUCACGGCGGCGGCGAACCCGGUCGGCGUGACCGGAGCGAACGCCCCUCCCCGAUGCCGAUGCGGGGUCCCCUCGUGGCGGCCGCGGGGGGGGCCAUGGGCGGCUCGGGGGGUCCCCUGGCCCGGGCCAUCCGUGACAAGCUGACUGCGGCGCUGCAGCCCACGCACCUGGAGGUGCGGGACGACUCCCCCCGCCAGGGGCCCCCCGGCGCCGAGACGCACUUCGGGGUGCUGGUGGUGAGCGGGCGCUUCGCGGGGCUCGCCCCGCUCCAGCGGCACCGCCUGGUGCACGAGGCGCUGCGGGACGAGCUGGCCGGGCCCCUGCACGCCCUGCAGAUCGUGGCCCGCACCCCCGAGCAGUGGCAGAGCGACCCCCGCGCCCCCCCGGCGCCCCCCUGCAUGGGGGGCUCCAAGAGGGAGCGGCGCAAGGACCAGGAGGGCAAGGAGGGGGCGGCCGGGCAGCAGUGAUGGCACCCCCCGGACCCACCCUGGGACCCCCCGGACCCACCCUUGGUGCCAGCGUGGGACCUCCAGGACCCCCACCCUGGGACCCUCAGGACCCCACCCCUGGUGCCAGCGUGGGACCCCAGGACCCCCACCCUGGGACCCCUGGACCCACCCUUGGUGCCAGCGUGGGAUCCCCACCCCGGUGUCCGUGCAGGAGGAUGGAGACUGCC